AUGGACGGCCCGAAGCCGAGCCUGGCGUCGGCCGUUUCGAUGGAAUCGUUGAACAGCGUCUCUUCCGAGGUCACGAAUCCAUCUCAGGUAACAGAAAUCAUAAACUUACUCAUCGAAACGUGCUUCUUUUCAGGUCCGCACCUUGUUCGUUUCGGGUCUUCCAAUGGACGCGAAGCCCCGCGAGCUGUACCUUUUGUUCCGCGGAUGUCGUGGAUAUGAAGGCGCCCUUCUGAAAAUGACAUCGAAAAACGGAAAACCAACGUCUCCAGUGGGUUUCGUGACGUUUGUAACGCAACAAGACGCUCAAGACGCUAGGAAGCUUUUGCAAGGUGAGCAAGUUGACGAGAUCCGCUGGGAAAUUCCCAUAACACUUCUCAGCCUUAACAGAAAUUGGUUUUUUUUUGUUACAGGGGUUCGAUUCGAUCCGGAAUGCGCACAGGUGCUCCGAUUAGAACUAGCCAAGUCGAACACGAAGGUGGCGAGGCCGAAGCAGUCGCCGCCGCCCCAGCAGUCGGCGCUUUCCGCUGCCGGAAUGGGUCAAUUCCUGGCUCCGAUGCAGCCGGACCUCCUUCUAGAUCCACAAUCGGCCGCUUUGCUCAACGAUCACCAGCUUCUCGCCUUUUCGCUGCCGCACCUGCAGGCCGCACAGGCUCUCCAGGCCGCCUACCUGCCUGCUUCUGCGCUCCAGCAAUUCAAUCAGCCGCUGUACGCAGCCGCCGCCGCACAAUUGCACCCGGCAGGUGAGAUAAUCUGAUGGGUAACAGGCAGCAGUUGCAUAGCGUCUUCUAGAGACCUAAAAUUGCCGUUUUUUCAUAACGAAGCACCUAGCACCCUCACCGUUUCCGUCGCCGUUCUCGCCAUUUCCUCCUCCUCCUCCUCCCCCCGAGCCGAGAGUCAACACAUUGUUUCAGCGAGCAUCGGAGUGACCCAGCAGCAGCAAUCACAAGCCUCCACUUCCGCCUGCUCCACUCUUUUCGUCGCCAAUCUGUCGGCCGAUGUGAACGAGGAGCAGUUGCGCGGAGUCUUCAAGGCGUUUCCCGGCUUCACACGCCUCCGGCUCCACAACAAGAACGGCUCUUGCGUGGCGUUCGUCGAGUAUUCCGACCUUCAGAAGGCCACGAACGCCAUGAUCUCCCUUCAAGGAUUCCAAGUGUCGGCCAACGAUCGCGGCGGUCUUCGAAUCGAAUACGCGCGUAACAAAAUGGCCGACGUGAACGGAUAA